AUGGAGACUCCUCCUAACUGCGACCGUUGGUCUGAGCUCCCAGUGGACUUGUUGAGAUGUGUGUUGGAACGUUUGAGUUUUGUAGAUUUCCACCGAGCUAAUAUGGUGUGUUCGAACUGGUACUUGUGCUCCAAGCAAACGUUAGGGCCAAGAUACGGAUCUCCACUGCUGAUAAUGUCUGAAGAAGAGGGUAGUUAUCGUCUGUACAACCCAGAGGAAGAUAGGGUUUACGAGGCAAAAAGUAACUAUCGAUUCCUAGGAAGCUCAGGUAAGUGGUUCCUUGUGGUAGAUUCUAGGUCAGAUCUCUAUAUCAUAAACGUGUUUAGCAAUGAGAAGAUCCGUCUUCCACCUCUAGAGACAGUCAAGAGUUCUCUUUAUAAUAUUGAGCGAUUAGGAGGAGAUAAGGGGUUCGAGUUGUUUAUUGAACAUGCGAAUAUUAUUGUAACUACCAAAGAUCUGAGAGCUGUGUUGUGGGUAGACGAGAAGAAGAGAGACUACGUCGUUGUGUGGGGUUUUGAAGCAUGUCCGUAUCUACGAUUUUGGAAGAAAGGGGAUGUUCAUUACCGUGAGAUUUCAACACGGUUCGAUCUUUGGUUAUAUGGCCUAAAAGAUAUGGUACUCAAAGGUAACAGCCUUUACGUCCGAACGGUUCCGAACAACAUUCAACACCUGGUUUUGUCAGGACAGGAUAGGUUUGAGGUUGUGUCGGAGAUAUAUCGGCCUUUACUGCGUACGGAUGAAUAUGAGAGACUGAUUAGAGAAAAUAAGAUCAUCUCAUUGAUCAAUAACAUUGUUGUUACAACAUCAGGAGAGGUUUUGAUGGUCCAAACAUUAGCUUACGAGUCUAGUAGCUUUGAAAGGAACAGGAUGUUUCAUCUCUACAAGGAGCAGGACACCAAAUUUAUUAAGGUGGAUUCUCUAGGUGAUGAGGCCUUGUUUCUAGAUUUGGGUAUCACCGUGCCUGCUGACCACACCCUUGGUAUUGAGCCAAACUCCAUCUAUUUCACCCGUGAUGACCGUUUCUGUCACAAGAGAGAUUCAUAUAUUGACAUCUGUGUGUACAAUCUUGCAACAAAGACCAUCAAACGCUUCCCUAGUCUCUCUAACUUAAAGCUCAAGGAUGCUCAGUGGUUUCUCCCCUCUUGA